AUGCUGUUCAGACUGUCAGCCGUGGUCCUUGCGGCAGGCAUCGUCUCAGCCCUGUCGACACAAGACAUUCCGACCGACACGCCCCUGUCUUCACUGCUCGCCUCUGCACACGGCCAUCUGUCCCGCGGCGAGACGGGCGAGGCGCUGGUGUACUACAACGCCGCCAUUGCGCGUGAUCCGACCGGUUACCUGGCAUUUUUCAAGCGUGCCACGACAUACCUGAGUCUUGGCCGACCUGCCCAGGCCACCGAUGACUUCAACAAGGUCCUGUCUCUGAAGCCGGACUUUGAGGCAGCACACAUCCAGCUCGGAAAGAUCAGGCAACGGGUGGCAGACUGGGAUGGUGCGCGCGAGCAUUUCGCCAAAGUGAAGGCGACCCCCGACAUGCAGGAGCUCUCAAGAGCCCUGGGCGAGGCAGAAAAAGCGGCUGGGCUUGCCGAGCUGGCCGAGGCGGCCGGCAAUUGGGAAGAGUGCAUAAGUCAGGCAGGCGUGGCAAUCCCAGUCGCCAACAGGGCUUUAUCGUUGCGGCAGCUGCGUGCGCGGUGUCGCUUUGCCCGGGGCGAGGUGGAGGAGGGCGCUGGCGAUCUACUGCAUGUGCUGAACCUGAAUCCGGGGGACGUGUCGCCGCACCUGGUCAUCUCUGCCGUCAAUUUCUAUGCUCUCGGCGACCUGGAAAAGGGAAUGGCACAGACGCGCAAGUGCCUGCACUCAGACCCUGAUUCCAAGCCUUGCCGAAAGCUGCUCAAUCAGGAAAAGGCAGUCCACAAGACGUUGGUCAAGGUCGACAAAGCCUUGGGCAGGAACCAGCCGUCAACCGGCGUCAAAAACCUGGUGCCAUCUGGCGACAGCCAAGGGCUCAUCCAGGAAGUCAAGGAGCAGGCCCAGAAGCUUCGCGACUCAGGCAUCCUUCCUGCUUCUGCACCGGCUGGUCUUGUUUCUCGGCUGGUUGGACUUGCCUGCCAAUGCUACUACGAGGUAUGCACUGCUCUGCUGAGCUCACCGAUUCGACCUUUGCUAAUGAUGCGUGUGGGUGUGCAGAUGAACAACAAGAAGGCAAAGAACUGGUGCGAGAGCGCACUGGACCUGGAUGAUGCCUCGCUGUACGGUCUGCUGUACAGGCACAAGAGUCAUCUGGAUGCCGAGAACUUCGAGGCAGCCAUCGAAACGCUCAACACGGCCAAGCAAGCUCAUCCGGACAAGUCGAACGUGAUCGACCCUCUGAUCAACGAAGCCCAGGUCAAGCUCAGGCGGAGUAAGACAAAGGACUACUACAAGGUUCUGGGCGUGCCGCACGAUGCCGACCAGAAGCAGAUCAAAGCCGCCUACCGCAAGCUGACAAAGGUGCAUCAUCCAGACAAGGCAGCGCAGCAGGGCCUGACUAAGGAGGAAGCGGAGAAGAAGAUGGCGUCGAUUAAUGAGGCGUACGAAGUGCUGUACGACCCGGAGCUGCGUGCUCGGUUCGACCAGGGUGAUGAUCCCAUGUCCAACGAGCAGCAGCACCAACACCAUGGAAAUUCUUUCGGCCACGGCGGCGGCGGGCAGCCGUUCGUUUUCCAGCAGGGCCAGGGACAGCAGUUCAAGUUCCGCUUUGGAUCCGGGGGCUUCCCGUUUGGGGGCUGA